UUCCAAAAUGAUCUUUGCACAAUUAGAACUUCUCAAAGGCUUUCAGUUUUCUUCAGGGUAAAAAUCAAGCUCCUGAGCAAGCAUACAAAAACCGCUGGUGGUCCAGCCAGUGGCCAGAGUUCUCACCACGACUGUCUUUGAACACUUCGUUCUAGCCAAGAUGUAUUGUUCACAGCUCCCAGAAGGCAUCAGGCUCCAGAUCUCAAGGACACAGGCUCUGCCAUUUCCCAUCAGACGGACAUGUGCAGACUUCAACAUCUCAAGCCUCUCUGGUCUGCUGUCGCCGGCACUAGCGGAGAGCCUGCUAGUUGCCUUGCCCCCCUGUCACCUCACAGGGGGCAAUGCCACAUUGAUGGUUCGGAGAGCCAAUGACAGCAAAGUGGUGAAAUCAAGCUUUGUGGUGCCUCCAUGCCGCGGACGCAGGGAGCUGGUGAGUGUGGUGGACAGUGGGGCUGGCUUCACGGUCACCCGGCUCAGUGCAUACCAGGUGACAAACCUCGUGCCAGGAACCAAAUACUACAUUUCCUACCAAGUGAUGAAGGGGACAGCCACUGAGUCCAGCAGAGAGAUCCCCAUGUCCACACUUCCUCGAAGGGCAGCAGAGUCCCUGGCGCUGGGAAUGGCCCGGACGGGAGGCAUGGUGGUCAUCACGGUGCUGCUCUCUGUCGCCAUGUUCCUGCUGGUUCUGGGCCUCAUCAUCGCCCUGGCACUGGGUGCCCGCAAGUGAGGAGGACUGCGCGGGGCAGGGGCCUCCCCCAGGAAGCCCAGGCUGUCUGUCCCCAGCCCAGGGCUCUGCCUCUGGUCCUGAGAAGACUGUCUGCUCCCAGGCCUCAAUCACCAGACUGGCGCCUCCCCUCCCCUGCCCGCCUGCCCCCAUUGGAGCCCUUUCCCCUCCUUUCCCUCUCCUUGUCCCCUCAUGCCUCACCUUCCCCCAGCACUCCCCACAUCCACUUACCCGACUCCCGUCAGAAUUGAUACUCCUCCCAUUUUACCUUUAAUGCCCCACCCCUCCCGAAGACAAUUCACCCCCAACCCUCGGUGAACAAAGUUCCUACAAUAAAGUCUGAUGUC